AUAUAACGUGUCAAUUCGCUUCGCUAUGCGAAUAGUUGAAGACAGUUUCCAGUGGAUUCCUUUCGCCAAGUCCAUGUAAAGCAGUAUGAAUACCAUCCUCUGCGCAUGCGUACUGUUGAUUUGUGUUGUAGUCUGUGAUGGAUACGGCAAAAUUGUGCCAUAUGGGCAAUGCGUAAAAUCUUGCGCUCCGCAUCAACCCAUAUGGAUCAAGAAAAUGUACCGGUAUUGUAUAAAAAAUGGAGAUUGUGUCUACUGCAAGUAUUUUGGCUGUCCAGAGGUACAGGAGUGUAAAAGAAGGAGGCAGGUGAUCCCCCCAGUACCGACAAUAGAUAGGAACUGCAUGGUGUGUCCAGGAACUUGCGUGUACACCGGCAAAACGUACAAGAAGAAGGACAGAUUCAAGUCAUUCGACCAGGUUAAUGAAUGUGAAUGCAACAGUUCAGGAAGGGUGCGUUGUAGUACUGAACACCAUCCCGAGCCGAAAAAGUUUUGUGGCGUGUGAAAUAUAUUGAGAUUUUCAGUAUUAUGCUACCACCUGCAUUUACUCUCUGUCGCGUAUUAGUGUCGGAAAAUACAAAUGGAAUGACAAGUGCUGGUACCGACCUAAGCGCUGUUAAAUUCUUCAGCCUGUCGAAGUAAAAUCCGAAUACUGCGACGAUGGAAAAGACGAUGAUAUUGCAGGACGUUGCGAAAUGACGAUGCCAAUGAUCAAAAACAUCAUAUUGGUCUAGAAAAAACAUGUCGUGUCUAUAAAAAAAUAUUGAACGCUGUUUAUUGGUUCUUCAAGUAUUAAUAGUGUCAUGUUUUGUUAUGUGUUUAAUAAAGGACAAUCAGUCUUGUCAAAAUAAAUAUUAUUUAUAAAUUUUAA